AUGAUCAGACGGCCAUUGAUAAUUGUCACUGAUCGGCAAGCAGAGUCCCCCAUAACUCUGCGGGGAGUUCGAGUCACGGCCGACCUGAUUCACAGCUCCUUCGUGUUCGCGGGAAUCGAUCGUCGCGCAAGAGAAGAGACGUUGCCGCAGGAGCAGCUCCUGAAGGUGAAGGCCUUCCUCCCGCCGCACGCCGAGGAGCCGGAGGUCCACGUCCUGGAGAUCAGCGAGGAGCUCCUCCGCUACGCCCCGAGUCUCUCCAACCUCCUGGCCUCCGACAGCGAGCUCUCCGAGUCUCACGGGCCGACCUCGUUCCGGUUGGCCAAGAGGAACGAGGAUCGCUUUGCUGGCAGGCACUCUGAGGAAGGAGGGUGGCAUGAGGAUUCGACAGAAGGAGGUUUCCAGGCUCUGGCGCUGGACGAGGAUGGGAAGGAGGUCUUCUGGAAGGGGGAAGGGAGAAGGGUCAUUGGAGGUCAGUGGCCGAGGGAGGGGAGGCGAGGUCAGUACAUCUUCGCUGACUUGGGUCACGGCGAAGGUAGAGACCGCUACGGGGACGCGAGAGAAAACGAAUUCAGGGACGGGUACGAUAAAGAGGCGCAUGGUGAGCGGGGCGGAUACCGAAACAGGUAUGGUGAUGAGAGAGGAAGAAGGGAUAGGGGCAGGUAUGAUGAUGCGAGAGAGGGAGAAUACAAGGACAGAUAUGGUGAGGCCAGAGGUGACUACAGAGACCGGUAUGGUGAUGCCAGAGGCGGAUAUAGGGACAGAUAUGGUGAUGCUAGAGGUGGAUAUCAGGACAGAUAUGGUGAUGCCAGAGGGGAACACAAUGAUAGCGAUAACGGAGAAAGGGAAUUCCGGGGUAGAUAUGGUGAAGCUGGGGAAGAAUACAUGGGCGAAUAUAUGGACAGAUAUGGUGAUGCUAGAGAAGAUGACCCUGAGUUCAGAUAUAGUGAUGUCAGGGACUUAGAACUCCGAGAGCAGGAAGACGGUCGACGACCCGAAGGGCGCGCUGAAAAGGACGACGGCAGAAGGGACGGGGCGCAGGAUAAACGUAAGGACAAGACGCGGCACAAAGGACGCGGAGAGGACGGGAGGAGCAGAGACGAAGGCGAUGAGGACGGAAGCAGCGACGCUCUGGCCGACGACCCUGCCUCCCGACGGGACGCAAGACAGAAGGGCGCGAGGAACAAAGGGCGCAACAGGGAACAGAGGGCGGGACAAAACGGCUACAACGGAGACGGGAACGGGGAAGGAGGAGGAGAUAUAGAAAACGGGGAAGGAAGCAGCAACAAAGCCAAGAAGAAAACGAGCGACGACGCGGAGCACCCAAAGAAGGACGGGAGGGGGGUCAGGAGGGGGAGCAAAGCGAACGCCAAAAGCGACAGCAAGCAGGACGACAAACUGCCCAGAGGACAGAGAGACGAAAAUGAACAAGAUAAGGAGAGGAACGACAGCCUCCACGACGACAGCGGAGUCGAGCUGAGCAACGGGGCGGAGCAGCAGCUGCUCCGCGGGGGGCACGAGGACUACAUCGCCGUCGAAGUGAACGACAAAGUGGUCGUCGAGCUGAACGACGCCAACCUCGGGCGUCAAAUCGCCGUCGGGUCCGAGGCCGGCCACAGCGACUACGGCACCGACAGUCAGACCGGCGGGAGCAUCAAGGACGGCGAGGAGGACGCGAAGGAGGGAAACACGACGAGAACUGUCGCGAAGGAGGACGCGAGGACGAGAGCCGAAGCGGAGGACGACCUCAGGCAGCGGAGGGCGAGUCUCCGAGCCGCCAGGGAGCAAGAGGACGCGGAGAAGGCGCGACUGCGGGCGGAGGGGCGGGGCUACGAGGCAGGAGGAGGAGGAAGAGCGAGGGCCAGAGGGCGGGGCGAGGCGAGCGAAGAGAACCUGACCGACGACGACCGCUUCCUUAGUCUAAGGGAACGCCAAGCCCAGCUGAGAUCCAAGUUCGAGUCAUCGACGCAACGACUGACUCGAAGUCUGAGCGACAGCAGCAUUCCUCAGAUCGAGACCCUGGACCGCCAGCAUGACCGCGAGGGCCCCGUCCGCCGCGCCAACAGCUUUGAUAUCACUGAGUACUAUCCACAUCGCUGGUACUAUGCGAGGAUGGAGAGACCCCCUUCAGGAGAGGAGGCCCAGGACGCUGCAGGGGAGGAGACCGAUGGAAGAAAAGCUCGCAAGGAAACCCUCAAAGCCUCCGAAAACCCCGGGCUAGACGACGCCUCCGACGGCGACGCCACCAGACCCAGCAUAGAGAUCCUGUCGCUGAACGGCGGGAGCGCAGAGGCGACCCUGGCGGGGCUGGAGGGCCACAACGUCCGCGGGCCCCUGGCGUCGCUGCAGGAGGGCGUCAUUGGCGGAAUCGAGGUCGACCCUGGUGAGAUCGACAGCCAAACGGGCAAAAUCCUCGCCUCUAGGCCAGACCACUUGACGCUCACGUACGAGAUCGAUGUCGCUGGUGGUGAGUCGCUCGGUGACGGCGGUGCCCGGCGGGCGGCGAAGGUAGGCGGGGAGGCGGGGCGUGGUAGAGGGGCUUGGGUUUCGGACGCUGAGGAUGGCGGUCUCGAGGAGCUCGGCGAUGACUCGGUCGAGAAGGAGAGCGACCCCGCCGAGGACGCGGACGGGAGAGGGGUCCACACGAGAAAAGCCAAGGGGUCUAAACUGCAGAAGCGAAAGACGCAAUACAAAGAGCAAACAGCCUCAACUCGUUUGGCGGAGAUCAUGCAGGAGAAAGCGGAGGCGGAGGAAAGGAGAAGAGACCUGUUCCUGAAAGCCAGAGAACUUCACGAGGAGAUUCAGAGAGUCCGAGAAAAGCGAAGAGAGAAAUGGUGGCAGCAGUUCUCGCACGAGCGGAAAACAGGAACGCAACUGGAGGAACGCCAAGGAGCUCUCCGAAGCGAACUGGACUCCCUCCACCGGCGAAUCAUCGGUUCCCUCGUCAAGAGACAACCUCUCGUCACAGGGGUCAGAGAUGAACCCUCCAGAAAGGCCAACUACAAGAUAUCUAUCAUAAGACUUCGUCACGAGAUCGAGGACAUUUCGAGACGCGUUGAGGCCAUGAACAUCAAAGUAGAAGCGGAGACAAAGCUGAGAAGCCAAGCAGAGCGAGAGGUUAAAACUUUAAGGUCAGAAGUCAGCAGGAAAAAGGCCAACGUGGCUCUCUCACAAACCAAAACGAAUCUCCUGAAGACAGCCAAUAGCUUGCCUCCUGACCUUAUGAUCCGAAUGUAUUAAGGUCAGAAGAUUCUUGAAUUCGUCGGCCUGAGAACUCACUCACGCCUCCACAUGGACCUUCAAGUCUUCAGAUCCUUUUGCCGUUGGAGCUGUGGUCUAAAUCGUGUAGCAUUUAGAUUUUGCAGCUUAUGCAGACGGAUAGCGCUAGACUUUUUUUGUAAAUGCCCCCCACACCGCGAUAAGCUGUGGAUCUUAUCGUGGGAGACUUUGUUUCCCCGGACUCUGGGGGACUUUUCCUUUGUAUCUCCGUAAUUUCGCUCAAUGGACUAAGAAGCGGUGAUGCGUUAUACGUGUCGAGGUCCUCGACCCCAAGAUGGUCGAGUAAAUUCAUCAGCACUAAAGGACUGAUCUUGUACAUAUAUAAGGACAUUUUAUAUCGUAGCAGAACUUACUUCCAGCGACUAAGGGAAGGAAUUAAGAAAAAGCAUCAAGACAUCAAAAUUAAUGCUUUGAUUUUCAGUUCUCUUCGGUGGUUGUUAUAUCUUCCUCCUCUAACUUGUACUUUGUUUUCCACACUCAUUCAGAGUAUAUACAAACAAAUCACAAACAUAUGUAAUAUUAGCAAUACAUUUUUAUCAUUAUCCUUAUUAGAUAUCCACUUUGGACACUUUAAACACGAUUUUUUCUAUAGUUGUGGAAGGAAGGCCUUAAAACUACAAUAGGAUAUCCUUCCAAAAGCGCACAAAUUGUAUAAAUAUACGAUGUUCAUUGUGGUUGAAAUAUAGAUAGUUUAUACAAUAAAUUAUGUUAUAUAUAUUGUUCUAGAAUCCUGUUUCUAUGUGCGCAAAGUGGAGCACCUUGGUAUAUAUAAAGUGUUCCCAUGCCUAAAAUAUAUUUCAAAGGACAUAAAAAAAGUACAUAUUGAAAACGUGGAAACGCUGUUCUAUGUUUUUUGUCCUUCAAGAUAUCUGGUGUAUAUUUGUGUGUGAAUAUUUCGAAAGUCAGUUUGUACAUAAUAGAAUAGAAGUUAAUUGUAUCCGUUUUUUUUCGGGUACUAACCACUGUGUACAAAAUAUACUGAGAAAUGAGAAUAAACAUUCUCUUUAAUACUGGCUGUAUAAAAUUAAAAAAAAAGAAAAAUCA